GGUGGACUGAGGUUGUCACUGCGGAAGCGUUACCGUAUUUGCUGAGAGUCGCAAGGAGAGUCUCCCUAUUCCUGAAGAGCUAAGUGGGCAUUUACAGCAGGAGGAUUACCUUAUUUACCUAAGGCUGCCUGAAGUCGCUGCGGCAGUGGGGACCAGCUCUCGCUCCCAAAGUUACCGUAUUUCCGGCAUGCAGCGCAGCCUCUCGUGGGGUCGGAGCCAGGAGGAGGAGGAGCAGGGACGCAAUCUAGGCUCGUGAGUUUGGGACAGUGGGACGGGCUCAGGAGUUGGGGACAGCAGCCUGGAAUCAUCACCAGCUCUUUCUUGGACUAACAGGUUGGUGACUUAAUGAAUGGAACCUUUGUGCUGUUGGAAGUGCCCAUGUCGAACCUGUCCCCCCCAGGAGGAGAGCCUCCUGAGGCAGAUGAGGAGGAGAGUCCCAGCGAUGAGCAAGGCCUCAUUAUCCACCAUCCAGCAGAGGAACAGACAUAUCGAUGCCUCUUGUGUGGCCAGACCUUCCCUCAGCAGUCUGGCCUGGUUCGGCACCAUAAGGCCCAUGCUGGAAUGAAUGGAGCAGGGCGGGCUUUGUAUGUCUGCCCUGAGUGUGGCAAGGCCUUCAGCAUCCAGCACAACCUCUCUGUCCACCAGCGCACCCACACAGGUGAGCGUCCCUUCCCGUGCCCUGAAUGUGGACGGCGAUUCAGCCUCAAACAGAAUCUGCUCACUCACCGACGAAUCCAUAGUGGCAAGAAGCCGUACCAGUGUGCCCAAUGCAGGCGCUGUUUCCGAGAGGCCCGCUUCCUCCUUAACCAUCAGCGUACUCAUGCCAGGAUGUCCCCUACCCCACCCCAAUGCUCUGGGGUCUCUGAGGAGCAGUGAUGUCACUUCUGUCCUUGCUGUGGCUGGAGCUUUGCCCAUAAGGGCUAUCUUGAGACUUAUGUAUUUGACCAUGGCCGUGGAACUGAGGGGCAAGGUGCUCACCUACGCCAGGCUCAGUGUUCCAACCAUUGUUUCUUCCUUAACCUAGAACACCCUCUGUAAUAAGACUGUACACAGACAAUUCACUGAAUUCAUAUCUGCUAUGCUCUGCUUUCCAACCCCCGACAGAGAGGUGAGAGAGUAGGUCCAUGAUGGUGGUGAGAGGUCCAAGAGAAUGGGAGGGCUGGAUCUUGCAGGUAUAUGUGGGCUGUCUAGUGCCUGCUGUCCCCUGGAAUUCCUUGGAGGGUACCCCAAGCCCUAGGAGAUCCCCUCUUGCUGAGCAUAGCUGCUUUGGCCACGAUUACUGCUCCCUUCAAUAAUCAUCUCAUUUAUAGCAGAUGAGACCAUUUGGGAACAAAGAGGUCUGAGACCUGAGGCUCAGGGGUAUUGAACUAACUCCUGGCUGAGAAACAUGCCAUUCUAUGGUGUGGGGGGUGGGGGGAGAAGGGCUGAAAGGUGGAAAUUCAAGUCAGUAUAAUUAUUUUACCUCACUUUUAUAGAAUAUAUUUUUCAGUGUGUUUGGCGAUUGUACAAAUGAAGGAUUACUAUACUUUUUUUCCCUCCAUUUAUAAUAGCUCAUCUUCCUUCUGUUUUUUUUUCUUCUCCACUUAAUUUGGUUAUACCACUUAUUCCCAGUGUGACUUUGUGGAAGUAAUUUCACCUCCCUGGGACUCAGUUUCUAGAUAUCUCUAAUAUUCCACCAACUUUGAAUCAUAAAACUUUGGCACUGUAGGACUUCCCCUUUCCCAUUCCCAACCCCAGGCAGCCUGGCCCCACUGCCCACUGGGAUGGGUAAUAAAGAUUCUACUCUGAAUUACCACUGCUUUACCACUGGAUUAAGAAUUAUUCAUUGCUGGGGAUGAUGGCACAAGCCUGUAAUCCCUGUUACCAUGGGAGACUGAGGCUGGUUCUAAAAUUCUAAGCUGUAUUAGGGCUAACACUUUUCAGGUGUAAGUCUAAUGCCGCUAUGGGGAGCGCCUAAGGAGGGUCCAAGGUGGAAAAUGGAGAAGGUCAAAGCUUCUGUGUAGAUCAGCAGUGGGGUUGGGUCAGUGAGUGGCCUUUGUACUUACAGCCUACAAGAGAUAGGGAAACUCUCUCUUUCUCUUUCUCUCUCUCUAUACACACACACACACACACACACACACACA